CAGAAAACUACAGGUAGUUCUUUCCCAUCCAUCCAUCCAUUUCUACAUUCACCCUCAGCUCAUACCAAAAACCAUGUGCGGGAUCUUAGGAGUUGUGCUUGCCAACCAGCAGCAGAACGUUGCUGCGGAGCUUUUCGAGGGCGCCAUGUUCUUGCAACAUCGUGGCCAGGACGCCGCUGGUAUUGUUACUUGUGGCCGUGGAGGUCGUUUCUACCAAUGUAAGGGUAACGGGAUGGCCCGUGACGUGUUCACCCAGCUGCGUAUGAACAACUUGGCCGGGAACAUGGGGAUUGCCCACUUGAGAUAUCCAACUGCCGGAUCUUCCGCUGGUAGUGAAGCUCAACCAUUCUAUGUUAACUCUCCAUAUGGGAUUGCCUUGUCUCAUAAUGGGAACUUGGUCAACUCGGUAGAGUUGCGUCGAUACUUGGAUGAAAAGGUCCAUCGUCAUGUCAACACAGACUCUGAUUCUGAGUUAUUAACCAACGUCUUUGCCGCUGAAUUGGACACUUUCAACAAGUCAAGAGUCACCAACCAAGACUUAUUUCUGGCUAUCGAGGGAACCAUGGCCAAGAUCCGGGGUGCCUAUGCCUGUGUUGCCGUUCUUGCCGGUUAUGGGGUCAUUGGGUUCCGUGAUCCAAAUGGGAUCCGUCCCUUAUUGUAUGGAGAACGUACCAAGGCUGAUGGCUCCACCGAUUACAUGCUUGCCUCGGAAUCCGUGGUCCUCAAGGCUCAUGGGUUCCAUACGUUCCGUGACGUCAAGCCAGGUGAAGCUGUCAUCAUUCUUAAGGAUGCCUCUACUCCUGAAUUCCGUCAAGUCGCCACCGCAAAGAAAUUCGCCCCAGAUAUCUUUGAAUACGUUUAUUUUGCUCGUCCAGAUUCUGUCUUGGAUGGCAUCUCGGUCUAUCAUUCUCGUAUUGAAAUGGGUAACAAGUUGGCCAACAAGAUCGAUCGGGUCUUUGGAGGAAACAUCACCGAACAGAUCGAUGUGGUGAUCCCUGUGCCCGACACCGCCAGAACCUCAGCCUUGCAAUGUGCCGUGAAAUUGAACGUUCCUUACCGUGAAGGGUUUGUCAAGAACCGGUACGUUGGACGUACUUUCAUCAUGCCUGACCAACAAGAACGUCGUUCCUCGGUACGUAGAAAGCUUAAUGCCAUGGAAUCCGAAUUCAAAGAUCGUUGUGUUCUUCUUGUUGAUGACUCCAUUGUUAGAGGUACCACCUCCAAGGAGAUUGUGGCCAUGGCCUACGAAGCCGGGGCCAAGAAGGUUUACUUUGCCUCUUGUGCUCCUCCUAUCAGAUACAAUCACAUCUAUGGGAUUGAUUUGGCUGAUACCAAGGCAUUGGUUGCAUUCAACCGUGACGAUGACGAAAUUGCCGCUGCCAUUGGUGCCGACAAGGUCAUCUACCAGGACUUACAAGACCUUGUGGAUGCAUGUGCCGGACCUGGAGUCGAUCAAUUCGAAUGUGGGGUGUUCACGGGACAAUACAUCACCGGGGUUGAAGACAACUACUUGCAAGAGCUCGAAAAGAUCCGUGCCCAGAACCAACGGUUGAAGUUGCAACAACAAAACGGUAUGUCUGUCGAUGCUUGCAUCGACGCCCAGGACAUGGUUGAUGUCAAGGCCGAGGUCGACAUCAGCAUGUACAACUCUGGAGACCAUGCCUAAAUAGAAACGACACAGCAACGGGAAAUAUAUAUACAAUGCCACCACAUGCGUGUGCACAUACUACAUUGAUAAUACACAUAUAGAC